AUGAUUGGAAGAACAGAGAAGACGGCAUCCCCUACGGUUCUAUUUAUAUCUGAGAACGAUCACUACCGGAAGGAGGCUCGCAAAGUCGUCAAGGAGAGUGGCAUACUCAAGCAGCACUCCGGAUUCAAGACUGCCCACACAUCGAGAGAUCCCGGAUGGGGGGGACCGCUAGAACAGUUGGGGUUAUGCCAGGAAACAAAGGGGAGCAUCGAAAAUCCGACGGGCGGCCCAGAAACGCCAGUUUUCUACGAGUAUUCAAAACGCUUGCAUCCGACCAUGACCAUCUACAUCCGCCAUGGCUCGUCCACACGCGUCGCAACUGCGAAUGCCAUACGAUUACAUGGCCAUUUGUUUUACCUUGCACCUAGCCACGUCUUCUUCGACAGGCUCAAUAACUCGCAGACUUCCCAAGUGGACGAUGAUUUUGAGAUCGAUAGCGAAAGCGAAAGCGAAUAUGACGAUGCGGCGGAAGCUUCUAUUACAAGCAUGGGCAGUCAAAGCACAGAAGCUUUGUCUGAUCAAGAUGACUUAUCCGACGAUGAACUGCAUUCCAAAACGACCCUCGAUUCGCCCCAAUUAACCAACAUCAUGGCCUCCUCCCCAGGGCCUAGGCGAUUGAGUAACUCAUCAUUUGCCAAAGAGCAGAUCGCGCACCCUCCACGAGAAAUUACAACGCCGCCAUGGGCGUCUCUUAGACAGCUAGGCGUUCUAUUCGACUGGUGUGUAGACCAGGACUGGGCCCUUGUAAAAGUCAUUGAGGGCACAGAUCCAAAUAUUUCUGCAUUCCUCUCAUCACUCGUAUUCAAUCCUCUUGAUCUUUCUGCAGCUCGAAUUGCAGUUCUCCCAAAGGAUGGCGCUACAGUUAUCACACACACAGCCUCCGGCGGCCAAAUGACUGGCUCCAUACUUGGUAUGCCGUCGUACGCUCGUCUACCACGAGGCAAAUCGUUUCAAGAGGUAUUUUCAGUCCACCUCGAUGGACCUCUUGCGGACGGAGACUGUGGAUCGGCUAUUUUCGAAGCUUAUACUGGUGAACUCUUUGGUCAUAUAGUAGCAGGUUGUCGAAGCACCGGGUUUGCCUACGUAAUGGCUGCUCACCACGUAUUUCCCAAGCUUGCGAAAUCUGCUCUACAAAUCAAGAACAUGGAAAGACGCCAUGUAUGCUGUCCGAUAGAACUUGACCAAGAUGCAGCGCUGGAGUGGAAGGGUAACUACCAGGACAUGUUGCUUCCAUCGGAACCCCAGAGCGAACACAAUACCAUGGUAACGCCCCUUACUUUUGGCAAUAAGACGGCCGUUCCUGGGACUCUGGUUCCACGCCGCGUUGACCGACAAGACGUUCAGCAGCCAGCUGGUCAUGCUGAAAGGGAUGGUAGCUCCUUUGGGUCAAGCCGAAUUUUUUUCGAAGGAAGUGAUACGCCCGAGCCCGAGUAUAUCUUUUCUGAUUCCCUGGCGACGGUUUUCCCGGAUGACGUGGCGAACCAGCAUGGUGAUGCUGGAAAGAGUCUCAUCUAUGCGUCGCCGUACUUGCCCAAGCCGCUGCAUAUCGAACUCGCAAGUCCCGUUAGUGACGCGGAUCGUAGGCUAUUCAGUCACCAUCUCUGGAAUUCGAGUCUGCUGCUCGCUGAGCUGAUUGAAAAGGACAGCCUGGGCGUGCCAGAUCUCGAACAGGCUGACUCUGCCACUGCCAAGAUGAUGCUUGGCGGCGGUAUGAAUUUCGACAUCCGGGGCAAGUCUGUUUUAGAACUGGGAGCUGGCACCGCGCUGCCCAGCAUAAUGGCGGGAUUACUAGGCGCCAGUCGCGUCGUGGCGACCGACCAUCCAGCCGCUGCCGUCAUAAAGACACUGCAAGAUAACAUUGCCCGCAACAUCCAGCCUGAAUUCUCCCCAUCCGGAAGUCAAACGACGCCGAAAUCAUCCGUGAUAGUGCAAGGCCAUGCGUGGGAAGACUUGCAGGCCUCGGAUCCUUUCUGCGGAGCGAAUCGCCACUCCUUUGACCGCAUCUUUGCCGCCGACUGUCUCUGGAUGCCCUGGCAGCACGAUAACCUCCGCAGAUCUAUUGAUCACUUCCUGAAACAGGAUGAUGAUGCACGCUGCUGGGUGAUUGGUGGAUUCCACACAGGUCGUCUGAAGAUGAGGGGCUUUUUCGCAAGCGAAGCCCUUGGACAAGUUGGCCUCAAGGUAGAGAGGAUCUGGGAGAGGGACUGUGAUGGACAGGAACGGGAAUGGUCCUGGGAUAGGGAAGAGGAUAUAACAGUACGGAAGCGAUGGCUUGUUAUAUCCGAGUUGAGGAGAAGAGAAAGGCAUGUCGCGAGUAGUUAG